UAUCCGAGGACCGCCCCUGCUGGCCCUGUGUCUUACUCAGGACACAGCUAGCUCGGGCGCGCCCAGUCUAAGAUUCCAGGCGCUGGUCGCUGGGUGGUCUCUGCUCCCCGGCUUGGCCCCAGUGCUGCGCGGCAGUCCCUGGUCGCUGACAAUGGAGGCGGCGCUGGCAGUGACCCGGCUGCCCCCGCACGACCCGAGGACGCCAGCACUAUCGGUGGUGGACAUGCACACAGGCGGCGAGCCUUUGCGCAUCGUGCACGCCGGGUGUCCGGAGGUGGCAGGGCCCACGUUGCUGGCCAAGCGGCGCUACAUGCGUCAACACCUCGACUACGUGCGUCGGCGGCUCGUGUUCGAGCCCCGCGGCCACCGGGACAUGUACGGGGCCAUCCUGGUGCCCAGCGAGCUUCCCGACGCGCACCUAGGCGUCCUGUUCCUACAUAACGAAGGCUACAGCUCCAUGUGCGGCCACGCGGUGCUGGCGCUGGGCCGCUUCGCGCUCGACUUUGAUCUGGUACCCGCUCCCCCAGAAGGCGCCCGGGAGGCCCGGGUCAACAUCCACUGCCCGUGUGGGCUGGUGACCGCCUUCGUGGAGUGUGAAGGUGGCCGCAGUUGCGGCCCUGUGCGCUUCCACAGCGUCCCAGCCUUUGUCCUGGCCUCAGACCUCACUGUGGAUGUUCCUGGACAUGGGAAAGUGGUGGUGGACAUUGCAUAUGGCGGGGCGUUUUAUGCAUUUGUUAGUGCAGAAAAAUUAGGACUUGACGUGUGUUCUUCGAAGGUGAGGGACCUUGUGGAUGCAGCGAGCACACUGACCAGAGCGGUGAAAGCACAGUUUAAAAUCAACCAUCCUGAGAGUGAAGACCUUGGUUUUCUGUACGGAACUAUCUUGACGGAUGGAAAAGAUGCUUACAAUGAGGAACCCACCACCAACAUCUGCGUGUUUGCUGAUGAACAGGUCGACAGAAGCCCCACAGGCUCAGGAGUGACAGCCAGAAUUGCUCUGCAGUAUCAUAAAGGACUUCUGCAGCUGAACCAGACCAGAGCCUUCAAAAGCAGCGCAACUGGCUCCGUGUUCACAGGCUGUGCUGUGAGGGAAGCAAAGUGUGGAGAUUUCAAAGCUGUCAUAGUGGAAGUUGCAGGACAAGCCCAUUACACAGGGACAGCAAACCUGACAGUGGAAGACGGUGACCCACUAAGGGAUGGCUUUCUUCUCAAGUGACUUUUUAAAAAUAAGUUUUAAAGGUUUUUAUUAGAAAGUAAUCACCUUUAAAUAAUGUUUUCUCUACAUUAUGUGCAAACUUUCUAAAACAGUACACUGUCUAAAUGUAAGGUACUAUACUUCCUGUUUGCCACCCUUUGGAGCAUAAAUGUCACUAAUGGGGCAAACAGAGUGCUGAGAAUUCAGACGCUUUUUAAUCAUUAGCAUACGUGCAAAAUUAAAACACAGUUACUUAAUCUGUGCUGUGGAAAUGACAAUACCUGUAAGUUUCUUUGAAUGCUAGCUUCAGCUAUAGACCACACAGUAGUAAAUGUUGUGUUUGUUAUUUUAAUGUUCCAGUUUGAAUAAAAUAAAGCCAUCCAUAAGCAUCAUGGUGGGUUAUUAUAGUGUUCUCAACACUUGGCAUUAAUAAUCUUGGAAGGAUCAAAGGGAGCCAGCUUCUGUGACAGACAUUGUUACAGCUGCUGCCGGGGUGUUGCUUUUACUAUAGAGCCCCCAUUCUGUGCCAACUGGUACCCAAGUGCCACAAAGUCACCAAGUAGUGCUGCAAAGACCAACUGGUAACCAGAUUUUUGCUAUCUCUUUAGAUGACGCUAUUUGGCUGGGGGGUGGUAUUUUGCUUGUGUUUUCAGUUGAUUGUUUUUCCUUUGGUUCAUUCACUGGUUCUACAACCUCAUGCAA